GUACGAGCGCCGCCUCGCUUCGCUUCCCCUUCCCUUCCCUUCUGCCGCUUCGAGAGCUCCCCGUUCCCUCCCUCCCUCCGGCUCCGGCCUCGCGGGUCGCGAUCCGAAAUCCGACCACCACCGGUCCCGAAGGCGUCUUAUCACAGACACAGAUCUCCGGCGGGUUUGGUUUGGUAUGCCCCCGGAAUCCGGCAGUGCUCCCUGCGAGGCCGCGCCUCUUGGGGUUCUGCUCCUGUGACUUCGCCGCCGUUUCUCCCGUGCAGAUUGCGCUUGUUGACUGAGGUGGAAUUGGGCGAUGGUUGGUGUGCAGUAGGCAAGGCAAUCGCCUCCUUUAAGCGCAACUGUCGAGUUGUUGGGCGGGGAGCGAGGUGAGGAGGAAUUUCAGGGGCGAGUCCAGGAGGGAGAUGAAGGAUGUGGCCGUGGCUGGAGAGGAUUGCGUCCGCGUGCUGGGACCGGGUCCGGAGGUACGGGCUUACGAGGAAGGAUGAGGAAGACGGCGACGCCGGCGCCGGUGCCGACGACCUGCUGUGGUCGCGGGACCUCGCGCGGCACGCGGCGGGCGAGUUCUCCUUCGCCGUCGUGCAGGCGAACGACGUGCUGGAGGACCACAGCCAGGUCGAGACGGGCGCCGCCGCCACCUUCGUCGGCGUCUACGACGGCCACGGGGGCGCCGAGGCGUCCCGCUUCAUCUCCAACCACCUUUCCGCGCACAUCGUCCGUCUUGCACAAGAACAUGGAACAAUGUCUGAGGAUGUUGUUCGAAACGCCUUUUCUGCUACAGAGGAAGGCUUCAUGUCGCUUGUGCGCAGGACACAUUUGAUAAAGCCUGCUAUGACUACUAUUGGAUCCUGCUGUCUGGUUGGUAUUAUAUGGAGAGGGACACUCUAUCUGGCUAAUCUUGGUGAUUCUCGGGCAGUCGUUGGCUGUUCGAACGGACCAAACAAGAUUGUUGCUGAGCAGUUAACAAGAGACCACAAUGCUGGCAUGGAAGAGAUUAGGCAGGAGCUUCAGUCUCUUCAUCCUGACGAUUCGCAAAUUGUUGUUCUUAAGAAUGGUGUUUGGCGCAUCAAAGGCAUUAUACAGGUUUCAAGGUCUAUAGGUGAUGCAUACUUGAAGAAGCGAGAAUUCGCUCUUGAUCCGUCCACAGCUCGUUUCCACCUCUCUGAACCUCUUCGUCGGCCUGUUCUCACAUCAGAGCCAUCUAUCUGUUCGAGAGUUCUUAGUUCACAAGACCGGUUUUUGAUCUUUGCGUCAGAUGGAUUAUGGGAGCACAUCUCAAACCAGCAAGCUGUCGAAAUUGUCCACAAUAGUCCACGAGAAGGUAUUGCAAGGAGAUUAGUACAAGCAGCUCUAAAAGAAGCUGCAAGGAAGAGGGAAAUGAGGUACGGUGAUAUUAAGAAGCUCGAUAAAGGAGUCCGGCGCUACUUCCACGACGACAUCACGGUGGUAGUCGUCUUCAUCGAUCACGAGCUGCGGCAGGAGGGCCCUGCCUCUGUUCCUGAACUAUCGGUUCGUGGUUUUGUUGAUGCUGGAGGUCCCUCCAGCUUUUCAGGGUUGAAUGACAUUACCUGACACGGUAAACCUUGUUUGUCUUAAAUGCCUGUCGUUUUGAUGUAAUAUUAGUUUCAGACCGGUAUUUUGUAGUUUCAUUAUUCUGUUCGUGCAUAGUGCUACCACUCUGCAUAUAUUCAACAUUUGGCCAUAUCGGAAUCGCGUUUCAUUCUGGCGAUGCGCCGAUGUCUGGCUACACUAUUUCUCAUUUCCCUUUCCCGUCCUCAAGAAUAAGAUGCAGAUCAGCAGAGAUAUAUGCUAUUGCCAACUAUUUUCAUGAGAUUUUGAUCA